CAUUCCUCGUUUUUUUUUUUUUUUUUUUUUUGUCUUUUUUUUUUUUCAUUUUCUCAUUCUUUCUUUCCUCUCUCUCUCCGCUGCCUGGGUCUCGGAUGGAGCCGCUUCCCUUCUAACUUCCCCGCCACCCGUGCCUGCAGGCUGGGUGCGGACCCCCGACCCCCCCCGGGGCGAGGAUGACCCUUCUGCCUCUUUAAACCGCCCCCCCUAAACCCCAAACAAACAACAACAACAAAAAAGCGCUUUAUUUUCCAAGCGGGGGGGGAGAAAUUUUGCUUUUUAUUUUUAAUUUUUUUUAAGGGUUGGUUUGUUUUGGUUUGGUUUCUUUUUUUUUUUUUAGUCUUUUUGGCGGUGGGGUGGAAGUUGGAAUCUUUUUAUUUCCUCCUCGGCCCCCCCUCCCGCGGGGCCGCCCCCCCGUGCCCGGCUGCCCCCCCCCGGGCCCCGCAGAGCCGCUCCGGAGGAGAGAGAGAGAAAAAACGCCCGGACUGCUCCAGCCUCCGAAAUGACUCAGUAACUUUUACGCCUCGAGUCUCAGCCCUGCAAUUAGGCACUUUCCCAGCACGGCUCGGGAUGUAUUCGUCUCCUCUCUGCCUGACCCAGGAUGAGUUCCACCCCUUCAUCGAGGCGCUGCUCCCCCACGUCAGGGCCUUUGCCUACACCUGGUUCAACCUGCAGGCCCGCAAGCGCAAGUAUUUCAAGAAGCACGAGAAGAGGAUGACGAAGGACGAGGAGAGGGCGGUGAAGGACGAGCUGCUGAGCGAGAAGCCGGAGGUGAAACAGAAAUGGGCCUCGCGCCUCCUGGCCAAGCUGCGCAAGGACAUCCGGCCCGAGUGCCGCGAGGACUUCGUGCUCUCCAUCACGGGCAAGAAGCCCUCGUGCUGCGUCCUCUCCAACCCCGACCAGAAGGGCAAGAUGCGCCGCAUCGACUGCCUGCGGCAGGCGGACAAGGUGUGGCGCCUGGACCUGGUCAUGGUCAUCCUCUUCAAAGGGAUCCCGCUGGAGAGCACCGACGGCGAGCGCCUGGUCAAGUCGGGCCAGUGCACCAACCCCAUCCUCUGCGUCCAGCCCCACCACAUCAGCGUCUCUGUCAAGGAGCUCGACCUCUACCUGGCCUACUUCGUCCGUGAGAGAGAUGCAGAGCAGAGCAGCAGCCCCCGCACAGGCAUUGGCUCGGACCAGGAAGACAGCAAACCCAUCACGCUGGAUUCAACAGACUUCCAGGAAAGCUUCGUCACCUCCGGGGUGUUCAGUGUCACCGAGCUCAUCCAGGUGUCCCGAACGCCGGUGGUGACAGGCACAGGGCCAAACUUCUCCCUGGGGGAGCUGCAGGGCCACCUGGCCUAUGACCUGAACCCCUCCAGCACCGGCAUGAGGAGGACACUGCCCAGCACCUCCUCCAGCGGGAGCAAACGGCACAAGUCGGGGUCCAUGGAGGACGACAUUGACACCAGCCCUGGGGGCGAGUACUACACCUCCUCCAACUCCCCCACCAGCAGCAGCCGCAACUGGACAGAAGACAUGGAAGGGGGCAUCUCCCCCACUGUGAAGAAGACAGAGAUGGACAAGUCCCCCUUCAACAGCCCAUCACCCCAGGACUCCUCACCCCGCCUGAGCAGCUUCACGCAGCACCACCGUCCCGUCAUCGCUGUGCACAGUGGUAUCGCCCGAAGCCCGCACCCAUCGUCUGCGCUGCAUUUCCCCACCACCUCCAUCCUUCCCCAGACGGCCUCCACCUACUUCCCGCACACGGCCAUCCGGUACCCGCCUCAUCUCAACCCGCAGGACCCGCUCAAAGAUCUCGUCUCGCUGGCCUGCGACCCGUCCAACCAGCAGCCCGGACCGUUAAAUGGAAGUGGUCAAGUGAAAGUGCCCAGCCACUACCUGCCCACGCAGAUGCUGGCGCCGCCACCUCCCCCCGGCAUGCCCCGCUUGGCCGUCUCUCCUGACACCAAAUCCACCACGACAACUUCCGAGGGAGGGACGACCUCGCCGACAUCACCCACCUACUCUGCACCAGGCACGCCCCCUGCGAACCGUUCCUUCGUGGGAUUAGGACCAAGGGAUCCUGGGAGUAUCUAUCAGGCACAGUCCUGGUACCUGGGAUAACCGCCGCCGUGCCGCCCCUUCGCCUCCCUUCUCCUCUGCUUUAGGCACCCCCAGAGGAACAUCCCCGUCCCCGAGCACCAGGCCCAGCCUUGCGGUGACGACGGAGAGCGCGGCCUCACCACGACGACGACGACGACGACGACAAGCAAAACCCACACCCGAAGGGAAAGGAAGAAGGAAAAGGGUCAAACUGUUUUAAAAUGGAAAAAAAAAAAAAAAACAAACCAACCAAACCCACAAACAAACCAACAACCCAUCCCAGGAGGACCUUUUCCCCCCACCCCGGCGAUGCGCCAGAAAACAAAGAAACAGGACAAAAAAAAAGAAAGAAAAAAACACUAUUAUUUACCCCGUGGGCCGGCGCCGCGCUGAGACCUGACACCAGCGGUGCCAGCAAAGCCUCCCGGAGCGGCCGCAGCGCCGCUCGCCCCAUAUGCAAACGGCUUCGAGUCUCUCCUUCUCGCCUCCUGUGAGUAAAACACAUCCAACCUCCCCCGCCGACCCCCCGGCCCCGGACUGCGGCGGCCCCGGGGCUGGGCUGGGCUGGGAGCGGCAGCUCCGCGGUGGGUGACACCCCGGGCACGGUGGCAUCGUGCUGCGGGGACACGGUGACGGUUACGCGGUGGCACCGAGCGGGUGGCACAGGAGGAGGGGGUUUGUGACCGCAGAGGGUGCGUGGGCACGGCCAGAGAUGGUCGCGGCGGCGGUGGCACCCAGGUUCCCGCACGGACACGGUGUCGGGACUCUCCCACCACGGCCCCGAAUGUCACAGCGGCGGUGGCACCCCGAUUCCAUCGGGGUCGCAGCACGGGGACUGUCGCAGCCCGGCAGCCACCGUCGCGCCGAGGCACUGUCACCAUCUCUCUGAUCGCCUUUCUCCCCCAAGCCUGCACCGGGCCGAGCCCCAUGUGUCCCCACGCGUGUCCCCACCCGUGUCCCUGUGUCCCCCGCGUGUCCUUGAGGGGGUUCGCGGGGCUGGGGGGGAGUGGGGGGCGUGCGUCCGUGUGUUUGAGCUAUGCAUUCCUGUGGACAGGUACCAGGUGGGAGGCAGGGUGCGCUCGUGUUGCACAUUUUGUAGGAAAUGCACUUUUAAGAGGGAAUCAUCAAAAG